GCUGCAUGCUAUGAUGAGAGAAAAGAUAGGGAGGGAGCUGAUUCGGUGGAAUGCCACUAGAUUUGGCACUGUUUUCAUUUUUCUCCAGAGUUUUUGGGAUAGACAAGAUAAGUUCAAGCAAUGGAUGGUAUCUGAUGACUGGGAGAAAUGUGUGUGGGCUGGUAAGGCUGACCAUGAUUUCACAUAUGAUUGUUUGACCAGCAAAAAAUGGUGGAGUCAAAUGGAAGUGGUGUUAAAAGCUGUCUCCCCAAUCUAUUCUGUACUUCAUUUAGCUGAUCAGCAACAGAAGUUCUAUUCUCUAUCUGCAUUCAUUCCAAAAAUGAUGGAAUCUAUGGCAGAAAUACGUGGCAAUUUAAGUGAUAAUACCAUCCAAAAAAAUCUACAGAAUAGGGUGUUGGAAAAAGUCCAAGGAAGACUUGAUUAUCUUGUCAAUGAUACACUUAUGCUUGCAGCUGCCGCACUUGAUCCUAAAGCACUGUACACUUCCAAGCUUGCAAGGAAACCAAAGUCCAGACAUGCUGUCACAUUGGCCAUCAAGAAGCUUGCAGGCUCAUCUUCAAAGGCUUCUGCUGCAAUCGAUCAAUUUACUUUCUUCUCAAAACAGGGAGGGUUAUUUGGAGGAGCGGAGGCUCGAAAAUCGGCUCUUAAUGGCCGGUGUAGUGCAGCUGAUUGGUGGGAUCAAUAUGGUGGAGACUGUAGUGAACUACAAGCGGUUGCAAGGCAUAUUGUCUCACAAUGCAUGUCCUCUAGUGGGUGUGAGCGAAAUUGGAGCACAUUUGCCUUGGUGCACACCAAAUUGAGGAACCGGUUAAGUUACGAUAAGCUUCACAAGUUGGUUUUUGUACAUUAUAAUUUAAAGUUGCGUAUCCAACAUUUCGUAACUGACAUGCAAAACCUUCAAGAAAUGCAAACCAACAAGGAGCAUGAAAGAGAUUCUGAUCCUUGUAGCAUCCUAAUAGAUGUGACUAUGUAUGAUGAAAGGAACCCGAUCAUGGAUUGGUUGUGCACCUCUAGGAGUGAGUCCGCGCCGACUCUAGAUGAACGUGAUGACCAGAGGCCCGAAUCCCCUAAUCCUAGCAGACUUGUUAUAGAUGAGUUAGGGAUGAGUGAUGAAGAGGUGGCUGCAUUUAAAAAGAAGAUUGGUGGGAAACUAGGUAAGAAAAGGAAGGAAGAAUUUGAAGAUAUUCUCUGA